UAAAUGUCAGAAAUGUCAACUGCGCUGUUUGCGUUUUCCUGCAAUAUUUUUUUGUAUUGAGAAAAAUAGUUUUCGUUACGGUUAAAUGUAAAACAUAUAUGUCUUCCGUGCAUGUUAAGACAUUAAUACAAUAAAUCUGGUGUUAACAGGAGCAAAACUUUCUAAUAGCCUCAAGGAAUACAGUGACAUCAUUUCUCUAACAGUUGGCGGUUAGAGAGAGAAGAUGAGCAGCCAGCACCAGUACAUGAGCGUGAACAACACGCCCAGCACGCGCGUCGGGGACAUUGAACAUAUCAGCCACCUGUCGGAACACAUUGGCUCACUAUGCCUCUCCUCGGAAUACUCCGACGUGACCCUGAUCGUGGAAGGGCAGAGGAUCCCCGCCCACAAGGUGAUCCUGGCUGCCAGCAGCGACUACUUUCGCGCGCUGCUGUACGGCGGCAUGAGGGAGGCCAACCAGGCCGAGGUAGAGCUACAAGCGCCACUUCAGGCCUUUAAGGCACUUCUUCGCUAUGUGUACUCAGGCCACAUGGGACUCUCGAAUCUCCGCGAAGACACAGUCCUGGACAUGCUAGGACUGGCGCACCAGUUCGACUUCCAGGAGCUGGAGGCCGCCAUCUCCGACUACCUGCGGCAGGUGCUGGCCCUGCGCAACGUGUGCUCCGUGCUGGAUGCCGCUAGACUCUACGGCCUUGACGCGUUAAUGGACUACUGUUACAACUUCUUGGACAGAAAUGCCACGGAAGUCCUCCAACAUGACUCCUUCUUACAGUUGUCCGUUGAGGCAAUGCAGGGUCUUCUAGAGCGAGACUCCUUCUUCGCGCCCGAAGUAGACAUCUUCAAAGCGGUUUGCAAGUGGUUCGAGGCUAACCAGCAGUGGGUCAAGUCGGAGAGUGGACAGGCGCAGGUGGAGAAGAUCCUAAAAUGCGUGCGUCUAACACUAAUGAGCCUCGAAGAACUGCUGCGAGUGGUGCGACCAUUCGCGCCCGUGACUCCCGACAUGUUGCUUGACGCCAUCCACGACAAGACUCGAACACGAAGCACUGAUCUGCGCCACCGUGGGUUACUACUGCCAGAAGAAAACGUAGCGACAUUAAAACGAGGGGCUCGCGUCAUAGCCGGCGAUAUGCGCUCAGCGCUCUUAGAUGGCGAUUGCGAAAACUACGAUAUGGAGCGAGGAUACACCCGGCAUACAAUCAGUGAUGACCCCAACAACCCGGGGAUACUAGUUCGACUCCCAGCCCCGACCAUCCUGAAUCAUCUGAGGCUGCUACUCUGGGACAGAGACAACAGAUCAUAUGCAUACUUCAUAGAAGUAUCAGUGGACCAGAAAGACUGGGUGCGAGUGAUCGACCACAGCAAGUACUACUGCCGCUCGUGGCAGAACCUGUACUUCCCGGCCAGAGUGGUCCAGUAUAUCAAGAUAGUGGGCACCAGCAACACUGUCAACAAGGUUUUCCACGCAGUAGCUUUAGAAGCGAUGCACACGGCGCGCGUGCCCCCGUUGAGCGGCGGGCUCGUGCGGCCGCUGCACAACGUGGCCACGGUGGAGCUGUCCGCCGUCGUCAUUGAGGGCAUCAGUCGCUCUCGUAACGCGCUGCUAAACGGCGACACGGAGCACUACGACUGGGAGCAGGGCUACACGUGCCACCAGCUCGGCUCCGGCGCCAUCGUAGUCCAGCUGGCCCAGCCGUACCUGCUCUCCUCCAUCCGCCUGCUGCUGUGGGACUGCGACUACCGCCACUACUCGUACUACGUGGAGACCAGCGUCAACUACUGGGACUGGGAGACCGUCUGUGACCGCACUAGAGACGCCGCUAGAUCGUGGCAAGUCAUAUAUUUCUCUCCACGGCCAGUGUCCAUCAUCCGGGUCGUUGGAACCAACAAUUCAGUAAACGAGGUGUUCCACAUGGUGCACUUGGAGUGCCCGGCGCAGGUGGAGGAGGCCGGCGACCCGGCCGCCAAGAAGCCCCGGGCUGACAGUCAAACACCCACGCCCACCGGCAACAACAGUAACGCUAAUGCUGGGGCGGCGGCCUCGGCUCCCCCCGCUCCCGCCGGUCCCCCCCCGGCCCCCGCCGGUCCCCCCGCCGGUCCCCCCGCGGCCCCCUCGCCGCCGCCGCCGGAGCCGGCGCGCGCGCUGCCGCCCGCCGAGACCGCCACGGAGGCCGAGGAGCGCUACGACGACUGAACACCUCCAUCACGGUACCUACGGCGACUCACACCAAACAUGUUUCACUUUACUACUGCGCACUCAAUACAACCCGAGAGAAUUUGACAUAGAGGUGGAUUGUCAAAGAAAUCUUUGUAGCCACAAUAAACUUACUACCAUCUUGAUGAUUCAUGAUUUGUGAGCCUUUCCUUAAGUGUCGAAAGAUAGCAAUAAAUUUACUGUGGCUUCAAAGUUUUCUUUGACAAUCCACCUCUAUUUCAAAUUCUCUUUGAUCAAUUAAUCAAUCAAUAUAAUUUAAUGAUACAGCGAAACAUCUUGAACCGACGGUUGUGUAACUCUGACGGGUAGUCCUAAACUCCCUAACUUAUUUUCUGUAGAUGUUCAAUAGUACAUGAAGUCAGUUAAAACCGUCAUUCUUGCAAUAGGUUAGUUUUAAGUAUAGUCGACGUCAAAGAUAUUUACGUUUUUUUACCCUAUUACAAGACAGGUGAUUAUACAUCAGUGGCGGAUCGUUCAAAGAACUCGAUUCCCACCGGCUUGUCUAAUUUCAGACCGUUGAGUACUUCCACGAUCGGAUCAUGAAGAAAAGGAAAGUAAAAUUAGCUCCGGGUUCCCUACGAAUAUUUGUGACGCGCCGCCACUGUUAUACAUAUAGGUAGAGAGAGGAAGAUGGUACAGAAAUCAGAGUCAAAAGUCUUCAAAAAUUGCGUUACGUAAUAUUUGAACGCCCCCAAUGAAUCAAUAUUAAAUUUACAGCGAAAAUUACCUUGCUAUUUCCUGGUUGGUUACAUAACUACAUUAUGUCUAGGGGUUAAAGCAGCAUCAAUGUUUACUUAAAUUCUCAAGGUUUAUCAACCUUAAGUAAAAUAUUUAAUAUAAUAAUAAUAGUCGUACACAACUAUCGGUUCAAUUUAUUUUAUAUAUAUCAAAAACGCACUAAACAUUGAUAAGGUCUUGGAAUGUGAAAAUGUCUUAUAUUGUAUUUGUAUGCCACCUUUAAAUUUACCAACGAUUCGUAGAGAUUAUCGAUUUAUACUAAAGCACCAUUCUAGCUAGACUCGUAAGAGCUUUAUAUCAUUAGUACCUAUAAGUUAGGAAAAGAGUUCCCAACAAUUAGCAGCACCCUCGACUUAAAAAAAAAAAUAGUACCGAAACUGUAAGAACAACACAUGGAUUGGUCUUCUCUGUUUUAUUUACAGAGAUUUUCCACUGGCUAUACGAACUGUACAGCUCAAAAAUAUCUGAACACGCUCUCUAACGCCUUGAUAAUAGAGGCGUGUUCAGAUAUUUGUGAGCGCCUUGGCCGCUCUGAUAUAUCUGAUGGCGACUGUACUGUAUGAUCAUAUGUUAAUCAAUCGAAAAUACUUUAUUUUUACAUUGUAAAUCGAUUCCAUUGAACGAAAAAUCAUUUGUAUCUUUUUCUGCAGAAUGAUUCUCUUGAAAGUAGCUUUAGCGUUGUAUAUCGAUGGAAACAGUUGCUGGGGUACUUUUAAGAGAUACAAAAACGAAUAGGUUUUCUUUAAGACUAUUUUUAUUUUUUGCCUCGACACGCGAAAAUAGCUUGCUUAAAAAUCUUUGGUCCCAAAAAUACAAUCGAUUGAUAUCAUAAUACAAUUGUUAUAGUACCAAUAGGGAAUAUUACGCAAAACUCUGCAUAGGGGGCGCCACUAGCAGAAACAGUACACAAAUAGUUUUGAUGCAUCAAUUUAAUAUUUAUUCGUAACAAAUAAUCUCAAAACUUGUCAAAAACACCGUAAUCAACAUAGUGUAUAUAAGUUACUCUAUGGCUUACGGUUUGAGCUAGUGCUGCACUCUGGACGCAAAACAUUGCAGUAAUACUCUCUAUUGCACAUGACAGAGCCUCUGUUGAUUAGGAGUAAUCUGUUAGCGUUCAAAAUCAUCCAUCCUUCUCUAACCCACAAAGCUGGUUAGUGUGAAAGAGAUACAUGCUGACGUACUGCGAGUCAUAUGAAGAUAAUCGCUAAGAGAUUUUAAAUUCUAUACCACAGGGAUAGAGUUCAUAAUCGAGUGGGAAUUGUCCCCUUAUUAAAGAUUGUCGGCAGCUUUUUAUGGACAUUUACAUAAAUGAUGAUUAUUAAAUAUACGAAUACAAGCUAAAUAUCACGAAUAAAAUCAAAUUAAGGAUAAGUACUAGACUCAACAUUGUAGUAUCAUCAAAUAAAUUAUGGUGUAACAUAAGUAUAUGGGAGAAUCAACUUUUUAGCGUCACUCGUUGCCAUGGUUACGAUUAGUUGUCCAGGGGACAGUUCAGGGAAAUACUGAUUUUAUGGUACUUAAAUGUAUUAAACUUGCGUUUUUGUGGUCGUUAUAACCAAUGUCCAUAAUGGGCCCCCUACUAAGCAUGUUAAUAGAACGGCAUACAACGUCUCUUUAAACAAACUAUGCCACUGUUGUCCCUUGGACAACGGGACAGGAUAACAAAACAAAAAAAGUUGAUUCAGCCAUAUGUAUGUCAACACACAUUUUUGUUUACUUAGUCACCUGCAAUAAUUUACGGGCUAAAUAUAUACUAGGUCAUACUGAGCAACUUUUACUAUAAAACCAAUCCCGAAGUCGCGAUUUUUUUUUUCUCUCCCAUAGAAAAUGUCAAGGUCAGACAGACAAAAUGUAUGAAACAGACAAUUUUUUUCGCGAUUUCGAGUUGGUGUCAUAGUAAGAGUUGCUCAGUAUGACCUAUAUAUUCACCCCGUAAAUGAUUACAGGUGAAUAAAUAAACACCCUGUACUGUAAAUAAUUUCACCGUUGCGUGCGUUUUUUGUUAAGGUAUAAUUAGUAUGAAUUUUAUGAAAUGAUUUUUUGGCUUGACCCCUAAUCUGUCAAAUAAAAGCCCUUGUUUCUUUUCUGCAGAGCGGUCAGCUCCCAUCUUAAUAGCACGUGUAAGCAAUAAUGUCUUUAAAAACCAUCUAUUGUGACCGUAUUAAGGUUCAAUUUUAUUUAACAGUUUAGUUUAUUCGAAAUCCAAUCAGCCACGCGGGUGGCAUAAACAACCGAGCUUUACUUUUGGAGAUAACAAAACUUGUUAUCUCUGAAUGGGCUGUUUCAUGAAUUUGAACCAUAUAAAUAGGGUGAUAAAAUUGGUUUUUAAACGGCUUGUUCCCGUUUACUUAUAAUAGCGUGUUAGCAUUAGCAGAAGUACUCGCUGCAUAAAGGAAACUAUACCUUUUGCUUAACAAAUUAGCAGGGCCCGUACCGUUCAUGCCGUUGACAGAAAAAUGACGUCACGCUACAUAGAGUAUAUGAUUCCAAUUAGUAUUUUCGUAAUAAUUAAUCAUUUAUCAACCUCUUUAGGUAAGUUAUACAUAUACUUGGCAAUCAGUACAGAAACGUCUAACUGACAUUCAUAUUAUUGUCACUCAAAUAAAUAAUAGAUUAUUAAUUUAUUAAAUAAUACAUAUUUUUUUUAUUUUUAACAGCGUAACAAGCUUUUAUUCUCGUAACAAGUAUUUAUUUUGAUACCCGUCAAUAAGUAAGUUAUCUAAAUUUGUAGUAUUGUAAAACAACUCCCUGUGUAAUUACGUCAUUUUUGCGUCAACGGCAUGAAAAGUACGGGCCUUGAAUAUAACUAACUUAAUUGGACUCGUUAACAAAUUAAACCUCUCAUAGUUAAACGCGCAAACUUAUAUUAAUAUUAAAUUAUUCUAAAAUUAAUAAGAGAUUCAAAUAUUUAUAUCAAACAGUAGACAGAAGUUAAGAGUAAAAAAAUAUCAGCAGUUUACAAUAUUUUAUCUAUAUGUAAGGCUAUUAUUACAAUAGCCUUACAUAGAGAUAACCCAUUACAAUAAUAAUGACGUCCAGACGCCAUUUCCAUAGGUAACAGUGCAAAAUUUCAUAUGUAGACAUGUACAGUCAAAGAAUUUAAUUUCCGUACCAUUUCGUACCUUAUCACAGUGGCAAUUAAUAUGAAAGUCGCUACAAACCCCAUACUAUUAUCACUGUGACAAGGUACGAAAUGGUACUGAAUUAAACUCCUUGACCGUACCAUCUUAUUCAAUAGAUACACAACUGUGUAUCUAUUGAAUAAGAUGGUACAUGUCUACAUAUGAAAUUUUGUACGUGACUUUGUACGUGUUUUAUCUUUAGGAUGGUAUAUUAGGUACAGUAGUAUUUAAAUAAAAGGAUUGUCAGUUUUCACUAGACCUGUCUCUGCGUGUUGGGUCGUGACAUACUGGUCAGGGUGUUCUUGCAAGCCAGGUUGUUGGUGGAGUUAGUCCUGAGCGGCGCGCGGGAAGCAGCGGAGCCAUCGCUGUUCAAUUU